CGUUUCCUGUCUGGGCGGAGGAGGUUUGGCCCUGCGAAGUUGCCGUCUCCCUGCGGCUGCGGCGAGCGUCAUGGCGGUGCUUCUCUCAAUGUCAGCGGCUCUGAGGCACCUUGUCGCCAGGAGCGGGAUCGCCGCGGCCCGCCUGUCGCCGGCCAGGUCACUGAGCACUUCCACAUGGCGGCUGGCACAGGACCAAACUCGAGACACGCAACUCAUCACAGUUGAUGAAAAAUUGGAUAUCACUACUUUAACUGGUGUUCCAGAUGAGCACAUCAAAACCAGAAAAGUUCACAUUUUUGUUCCAGCACGUAAUGCAAUGCAGGCAGGAGUUAACAAUACAAAGAAAUGGAAGAUGGAAUUUGAUAACAGGGAGCGCUGGGAAAAUCCUUUAAUGGGCUGGGCAUCUACAGCUGAUCCAUUAUCCAAUAUGGUUCUUACUUUCUCUACUAAAGAAGAUGCCGUUGCCUUUGCUGAAAAAAAUGGCUGGAGCUAUGAUGUUGAAGAGAAGAAGAUUCCAAAACCUAAAUCCAAGUCUUAUGGUGCAAAUUUUUCUUGGAACAAAAGAACAAGGGUGUCUACAAAAUAGGUUGGCAUUGGCUGUCUGACUGAAUAAAGUCAGCUGUGCUAUAUUUAUAGUCCGUGUAUAAUACAUCUCUUAAUCUCCUAAUAAAUUUGACCUUUAAAGUACA